GUUGAAUCAGUCGAGUUGGAUACAUCCGUCGGCUGGCAACCGUCUGCUGCUAGAUUGACGCUCCGCGCGUAUCUGCGGAUCUAUACUAAAUUGUUUUUUUCUCGGCUAGUCAGUUUUUCUUAUAUUUAAAUAAUCGUGUCGGAACUUACUCAACUGUAACUUAAUAAACGGCAAUAUCCAGAGGAAACAGCAGGAUCGCAAAAGCUCUACAGCAAGUGUUUUGAGAUAGAGAGACAAGUCCAACAACAGAAAACACAUAUCUCAAGCCCUUAUAGCGCGUUCGCAUAACACACAAAAAAAAUAGGUGGUGAAGCAACAGAAAAACAAAAUAAUACAAAAAUACGUCAAGAAAAUUAAAAAGCGCAGAUAAAUUUCAAUGCACUCAAACGAAGAAAGUAUCUGCUGUUUAUUUAUAUUGUACGAGUGAGUGGUGGGUACAAACAGCUGUUGGGGCAACAAAAGUAUCAACCGCUUUAAAAUUUUCAUUCUGGCUUCAUUCUUUCAACUCGUUGCUCUAAAAUACCGACAAUUUUGUAUACAUUCAGUUGGCUUAAGCGAAAACACACUUGCUCAGAGGCAGAUGCGUUAUUCUGAUUAGAAACAAAAACAGCUGAAAACCAACCGCAGUAUGUAUUUACGGGAAAUGCUCUUACUGGCCUGUCUGGUGCUGCUGUUCGGGGGACUCCCACAAUUCACUUCCCCUACAACGACCACCACCCUAGUGGCCGCCAUGUCCAUCGCCAAUCAGGACUUGGAGCGCUUCUUUAGACCAGGAAACGGCACGCACACUUUCUCCGGAAUGGAGGACCGAAUUGCAGUGGACGUCUAUAACUACGCCUUCCUCAACUGGUCGUACUUAGAUGGUAGUACACUGUGCAACAUGGACUUUGCUCAGGAGCAGGCUCGCUACGGUGAGGGCAAGGUGUUGAACGUCACGGGGCGUCUGGUCCACAUCAGCGCCACGGAAAACGUCAGUGACGACUACGCCUGCACACCAUACAUCCGCGGAACUUUGGGAACCCCAACGCCAGACAAGGGUGUGACCUGGAUAGCCUUGGUCCGCCGUGGACGCUGCACCUUUGAGGAAAAAGUUAAGCAUGUUUACCAGCAGAACGCCGCCGGUGUCAUUAUCUACAAUGACAAGCAGGUGAUGCAGCUGGAGAAGAUGCAGAUCAAGGGCAAGACAAGAAGCAUCGCCGCAGUGAUAACUUAUCAGAACAUUGGACAAGACCUAGUGGACAGUGUGGACAGGGGCAACAAUGUCACCAUCUCUAUUAUCGAGGGACGACGAGGAGUACGCACCGUCAGCAGCUUAAACCGAACGUCAGUGCUGUUCGUCUCCAUAUCAUUCAUCGUUUUGAUGAUUAUUUCCCUGGUUUGGCUUAUCUUCUACUACAUUCAGAGGUUUCGGUACAUGCAGGCAAAGGAUCAACAAUCUCGCAAUCUGUGCUCGGUUACCAAAAAGGCCAUCAUGAAGAUCCCAACGAAGACGGGGAAAAUCAGCGACGAGAAGGAUUUGGAUAGCGACUGCUGCGCAAUUUGCAUCGAGGCCUAUAAACCCACAGAUACCAUUCGGAUAUUGCCGUGCAAGCACGAAUUUCAUAAAAACUGCAUCGAUCCAUGGCUCAUCGAGCACCGAACCUGCCCCAUGUGCAAGCUCGACGUGCUCAAGUUUUACGGAUAUGUGGUGGGUGACCAAAUAUAUCAAACUCCCAGUCCGCAGCACACAGCUCCCAUUGCCGCGGUGGCUGUAGCCCAUCCUUCCAUCGAGGAGGUGCCCGUAAUUGUGGUGGCUUUGCCGAUGGGGCCGCAACCCCUCCAGCAGCUACAGGCUAGCAACAUCAGUAGUUUCGCUCCUCGCCACUAUCUCCCUCGUAGUCGUAGUCCUAGCAGUAGUAUCCAGCAACAGCUACAGCCGCUUGCGUACCAACACCACCCGCAGCAGGUGGUAGCGGAGCUUGCCAGACGUAACUCCGCUCCCGCCACAAUGCCGCACGCUAUUAUUUGUACUGCCAGCCAUCAGGUGACCGACGUUUAAGAUAUUUCCAAGCCACCCACGAAUUAGACUUAUUGUAACAUUCAACUUACUGUGUACAUAUUUACUAUCCCGCGAGCAGGUAUUCAAUAGUAAGCUGUAAUAAGUUACAAUUAUUUGUAAGAUCCGAAAUCCUUUCAACCAGACCAAUGUUCAUCUUGCUUUGGCAAAGACUUUGCAUCGAAAAUUGUAGUAAACAUAUAACAUUACAGGAAAGCAACCUACAUGAUCCAAUUACAAGCAAAGUUCAUUCUUCUGUCAGCUCCAGUCAUUAAUAAUUUUAACUGAGUUAGGUAUUUAAAACUUAAACUGUGAGAUUUUGUACGUACUAUAUGUGAAUUUUAGGUAUUGCUUAGAAAAAAAAACUUGAUUAUUGAUUAGAAGGAUUAACUUCUUUCUUGGCCUGACAUUACAAGUGCUGAUGACGAUUCAGAGUAACCUAAAGGCUUUUUGAACUAUGAUAUAUUCACUUAUUUGUAAAUAAGCCCAUUUAAAAACUGUGUACUUACAAGUGCCGAUGAGAAGACUUCAAUUUUAGUUUUUACAAGAACCCCACGCACAUUUAUAUGUAUCUAAGCAACAUUACAAAAUACCGCUAGAAGUUCAACUUGAAAACGGAUUUAUGAAUAAAUCGCAUUACGGUUUAAGGUAAAUGUUUAAGUUCUAUGUAAGGAUUAGAAUUGUCGAUAAAAGUAGACAAAGGAAAUUACUUGCGAGUACUACAAUAACUAUGCCUACCUUAAAUAAUAUACCAAUACAAUUAUAAACAAUGACUAUAUCUUAUAGCUGUAGAAGAUGUAAUGUUAAAUGCAAUAAUUAUAGCAAAAUCAGCGACUGUUUUGCUUGUCAAAGGCAUGCGAAGUCGAGAUAUCUGCCGAUUAGACACAUAAAGAGAUUCAAACACCAAUCGCACUCAGCGCAUAUUGUUUAUUAACGUUUUCUGUAAUAUUGAAGGUGCCAAAGUAUUGCUUUUAGUUGUUCACAUUGAAUAAAUCAAAAAAUAUUUUAUUUGAA